GGGGAGUGGAGAGGAGCAGGUUUCGGCUUACAGUCGCAUUCCGCUCUAAACAAAACACAGUAAAACACAGACUGACCGGCUCGUCUGUUUCCACCCGGGACCCCGAACCGAACUCCGGAUCCUCGCCGGACACCAACGACCCCGGAUUGUGGAUUAAAAAACCCCAAAUAAGGGAGUUUUUUUGUUGCCCCUGUUGUAAUGUGGGAAAUGCUUUCUCCUCUUCCCCUCCGUGGUAUGUGGAUCUGGGAGCGACCAUGUUCGUAGGCAGGUGAUGAAAGGAGAAGCCGGCUGUUCCAUCUCAGCUUAAAGAAGUCCCAGGGUAGGAGCUGAGAGAGGAGACCCGUUGGAGUCGGAGAGGGAUUCGCCGCCACAAAAGGGAACACACGGGAUGAAUGUGCCUUUGUAUCACUGACGAGCAGAACUGGAAUGAUAUCUUGACCCGUUUUACCGGACGUGACCGAGUCAGCGAUGAGCGGGGGGAUAUAAUGGCCAAGAACAAGGAUGCGCGCCCCCCGUCAUUCGCCGUUAGCGUGGUUGGCCUCUCGGGGACGGAGAAGGAGAAGGGGAAUUGCGGCGUUGGCAAGUCCUGCCUAUGCAAUCGGUACAUUCGCCCCAAUGCAGACGGCUACUACACGGAGCACACCUCGGUGCUGAGCACCAUAGACUUUGGGGGACGCGUGGUUAACAAUGACCACUUCCUGUACUGGGGGGACGUGUCCCAUCGAGGGGACGACGGGUCGGACUGUAAAAUACAAAUCAUCGAGCAGACGGAGUUCAUCGACGACCAGACGUUUCUUCCACAUCGGAGUACGAACCUGCAGCCGUACACCAAGCGGGCGGCGGCGAACAAGCUGCAGUCGGCCGAGAAGCUCAUGUACAUCUGCACGGACCAGCUGGGCCUGGAGCAGGACUUCGAACAGAAGCAGAUGCCCGACGGGAAGCUGAACAUCGACGGCUUUCUGCUCUGCAUCGACGUCAGCAAGGGUUGCAAUCGGAAGUUCGAAGACCAGAUGAAGUUCAUCAACAGCAUCUACUCCCAGAUCAUCAAGUCAAAGAAGCCCAUCGUCGUCGCCGCCACGAAAUGCGACGAGUGCGUGGACCAGCACCUGAGGGACCUGCAGGCCUUCGUCGCCAGCAAGAAGAACCUGCUGCUAAUUGAGACGUCGGCACGUUCCAACGUCAACGCAGACGUGUGCUUCAACGCCCUCAUCCAGCAGCUGGAUAAAACCAGGGGAAAGACAAAAACUGUGUCGUACCUGGAGGCGUAUAAAGUGCAGCGGCAACUCGUCGCCUCAGCAACAGAUAGAUUUGAGAAGUUGAUACUGCACACCGUGAGGGAUUACCACACCACGUGGAAAACGGUGAUAACUAAUAUGAAGGGCAAACCGGACUAUGAUGAUUUCAUCACCCUGGAGGGCUCCAGGAAAGCCCGCAACAUGUUCACGAAGCACAUUGCACAACUGAAGCAGGAGCACAUCAAGAGGCGGCGGGAGGAGUACCUGACGACACUACCCAAAACCCUCAACAACCUCCUUCACAACCUGGACGAGGUGGAGCACCUCACUUGGCCUGAGGCGCAGACUGUGAUCCGGAACCGGCCUGAUUUCCAGUACUGGUUUGUGGUUCUGGAACAGACGCCGUGGGACGAGACGGACCACAUCGCCAUGAGCGACCGCCGGAUACCCUUCGACCUCCUGGACACGCUCGACGGUGAGAGAAUCUACCACAACCACGUCCAGCACCUGCUGUCUGAGAAGAGGAGGGGGGAGAUGAAGCAGCGGUUCAAGAAGACACUGGAGAGGGUUCACUUUAUCUGUGCAGGGCAGCCUUGGGAGGAAGUCAUGUGCUUCGUCAUGGAGGACGAGGCCUACAAGUACAUCACGGAAUCAGAUAGGAGGGAUGUUUACUGUAGACACCAGCAGGAAAUAGUUGAAAGGGCCAAAGAGAAUUUUCAGGAAAUGCUUUUUGAGCACGCCGAGCUGUUCUACGACUUGGAUCUGAAUGCCACCCCCAGCUGUGACAAGAUGAGCGAAAUUCACAGCGUGCUGAACGAGGAGCCCAGAUACAGAUCGCUGCAGAAACUUGCCCCAGAUAGAGAGUCGCUCCUCCUCAAACAUAUUGGGUUUGUUUACCAUCCCACGAAGGAGACGUGCCUGAGUGGGCAGAACUGUGUUGAUCUGAAAGUAGAGCAGGUUUUAGCAAACAGGCUGGUGCAGCUCGACCACGGGCGCUCUAAUCUCUACUAUAACAGUGCCAACAUCGAUAAGAUCAACCUCUGCCUCCUGGGAAGGGAGGGUCUCUCACAGGAACUAGCCAAUGAGAUCAGAGCGCAGUCCACGGACGACGAGUACACCCUGGACAGUAAAAUAUACGAACUGGAGCUUCUUCCCGUGGAUGUCAAUUCCACACUGCUCUUCAGCCACACGUGGGUCACCACCUUCAAGCCACACGGCUGCUUUUGCGUUUUUAACUCCAUUGAGUCCCUCAAUUGUAUCGGAGAUUGCAUUGGCAGGAUCAGAGCGGAGAUAGCACAGAGUAGGAGAGACCGGUUUGCUCAGCCGCUACCGUUCAUUCUCAUCCUGGCGAAUCAGAGGGACAGUGUUUGCAAAAACAUACCCAUCCUGAGGCACCAGGGCCAGCAGCUUGCGAACAAGUUGCAGUGCACCUUUGUCGACAUCCCCUCCAUGGCCUUUCCACGCAAGUUCACAGAGUUUCAAAUCAAGCAGGGUCUCCGCACAGUGCUGGAGGGGCUAAAGCAUAACUUUGACGUCUUGGCCCCACUGCCCUCCAUCAAAGACAUGUCGGAGACUGACCUCCGGAUAGUCAUGUGCGCCAUGUGCUGGGAUCCUUUCGGCGUCGACCUCAUCCUCUCGCCUUUCCUGGACUCGCAUUGCUGUAGCGCGGGUCAGCCGGGCCAGAGCAACACGCUGAUACUCGACAAGAUCAUCAGGGACAGCAGGAGGAGGAUCCAGGUCACCAUCCUCUCCUACCACAUGGCCAUCGGCGUCCGCAAGGACGAGCUGGUGCACGGCUACAUUUUGGUCUACUCUGCCAAACGCAAGGCUUCGAUGGCGACCCUGCGAGCGUUCUUGGCCGAAGUCCAGGAUGUGAUCCCCGUCCAGAUGGUGGCCAUCACAGACAGCCAGGCAGACUUCUUUGAGAAUGACGCCAUCAAGGAGCUGAUGACGGAGGGGGAGCACAUCGCCACGGAGAUUGCGGCCAAGUUUACGGCACUCUACUCGCUGUCGCAGUAUCAUCGGCAGACGGAGGUUUUUACGCCCUUUUUCAACGAAGUGCUGGAGAAAAAGCCAAACAUCGAGAGCGCCUUCCUGUACGACAGCUCGUCCCGCGAGUGCACCACCGGUGCCAGUGAAGACGUCUUCCCCACCUCGCCCCAUAGCCACUCCCCGGCCUAUAACACCUACUACCUGGAAUCUGACGACGACAACGAGGCCCCACCACCGUACAGUCCAAUAGGCGAUGACGUUCAGCUUCUCCCCACACCCAGCGAGCGGGCCAAGUACCGCAUCGACCUCGAGGGCAAUGAGUACCCGGUCCACAGCACUCCUGUGGGAGAACAUGAACGCAACCACAAAGUGCCUCCGCCUGUCCGGCCCAAACCACUGCUCCCCAAACCCAAUGUCAAAAAGCUAGACCCCAACCUGCUCAAAACCAUCGAGGCCGGCAUGCGGAGCAACCGCAGGACGCCACGCGGCCCGCCGACGCACGGCGAGGACGUCGAGGCGUCGGACAACUAUGCAGACCCCGUGGACACCUUGCUCUGGUCCAGGGGCUUCCACAACGACGACAUCUACGCCGUGCCCGACGACGCACACAGCCGCCUGGUCAAAAUAAGAAACUCCUUCGGCGGGUUUCAGGAGGAGAACGGAUUCGACAGAAGGUAUCAGGCUGGACGGCGGCCGUCAAAAUACAAGCACCGGUCCAAAAUCCUGUUCAGCAAGACGAAAGCCUACCAAAGACGGUUCCAGUCGGACAGCGACGGAGAGGAGUCGGGCCCCGCCAUGCAAAAAAAGAAAAAGGGAAGAGCCCACCGGGGCAGCGAGGAGGACCCGCUGCUCUCCCCCGCCGACCCCUGGAAGGGCGGGAUCGACAACCCGGCCAUCACCUCGGACCCCGAGCAGGAGGACAAGAAGAUGAAGAAGAAGAAGCCCAAGACGCCAAAGGAACCCAAGAAGCCAAAAUCCUCCAAGUCCCCCAAGCCUCUGUACCCCCCCACCAGGAGAACCUGGGAGAGCAACUAUUUUGGCGUUCCCCUGCAGAACCUGGUGACCCCGGACCGACCCAUCCCGCUCUUCAUCAACAAAUGCGUCGACUACAUCGAGCGCACAGGUCUGACCACAGAGGGUCUGUACCGGGUGAGUGGCAACAAGACGGACCAGGACAACAUCCAGAAGCUGUUUGAUCAAGACCACUGUAUCGACUUCGUGGUGAUGGACGUGGCGGUGAACGCCGCUGCCGGGGCCCUGAAGGCGUUCUUCGCCGACCUGCCCGACCCGCUGAUCCCCUACAGCCUGCACCCGGAGCUGGUGGAGGCCGCAAAAAUCGUGGACUACAUCGAGCGUCUGCAGGUCUUGCGGGAGAUUGUGAAGAAGUUUUCUCCCGUCAACUACCAGGUCUUCAAAUACAUCAUCACACACCUCAACAGGGUGAGCCAGCACAGCAAGACGAUCCUGAUGACGGCCGACAACCUGUCCAUCUGCUUCUGGCCCACGCUGAUGCGCCCCGACUUCGAGAACAAGGACACGCUGUCCACCACCAAGCUGAACCAGGCCGUCAUGGAGGCCUUCAUCGUGCAGAGCGACUACUUCUUCCACGGCGGCGAGGCGGUUGACGGCGCCGGCGGCGGCGUCGGGGAGGGCACGCCGACGCCGACGCACUGCCACAACAUGGUGGAGGCGCUGCUGCCGCUGCAGCUGCCGCCGCCGCUGCAGCCGCAGCAGAUCCAGCACACGCUGCACCCUGACCCGCUCAUGUAACGGCCACCAGGUGGCAGUGGUGGGGAAGAGGGGCAUGCUGGGAAAUGCAACCAAAACAAGGAAGAAGACGAGCCUCGGGUGUCGUCGUCUCCUGCUCCAACGAACGCCGUUAGAAUAUUUAAGAAAGCGUAAAUAACCGGCGGUGAGACGCAUCAUCUGUUGGACUAAUCUAAACGAUCGGAUUAGAGAACUACAACUGGGCGGCCAUUUUCUUUUUUCUUUUCCACUCAUGUUUUUGGGAUCCGAAUGCCCCACUUUUGUUUUUUAUGAAAUGAGUCGAGGGUGGAACUGAUUCCAUCGACCGCACUAACCGGGUCAGCAGGGUCGGACUCGGAGGUGAAGAUCAGGCUCCUCCCACUUUUACCUUCAUGAUAUAUAUAGCACACCGGGGACCUGUAGACCCCCUUAAGACCCCCUGAAGACCCCGUCCCCCCUCCGAGACCACAGAAAAGGGAAGUAAAAACUCAAAGAAUCCCUGUGACUGCAAAUAUGAAACAUGGGACUUCUUCUUCUUCUUCUUCUUCUUCUUCUUCUUCUUCUUCUUCUUCCCUUUUACCCCUACCUCACUCACUAAGAGGAGGCGAGGGAAGGAGACUUCACUCCAGAACUUUCCCGAAGUCAAAUUAAACGGUGGACCUGUGAACACCCGAGAAAUAUAUAAAAAAAAUUGGUGUUGUUUUGGGGUGGGGGGGGGGGGACAUGGACACAAUGGAUGUAAUAAUCCCCCCCCCCCCCCCACUACAACUUUGACCUUUGACCCCUUAACGGACAGCACAUGCACGGUUUGUGUCAAACGUGACGAUUUCAUGUUUGUAUGCGUCGUUUUUUUCCUAAUAAUUUGUAUUUGUAACUUCUGAUUUCUACCCUGUGUUUGUGUGUGUGUGUGUGUGUGUGUGUGAGUGAGAGAUGAACUGACCUGAGGUCUGUUUUACAGCCAGUCUGUACGUUCAGAGGGAAGAGGGGGAUACAAACAACAUAACGUGGACUCAUUGAGAGGAAAAGGACCUCUGGGUGACCCUCUGUGACCCCUUGGUGUUCUCUGGGUGACCCUCUGUGAUCCCUGGGUGACCCCUGGGCACGCGAGUGGAGGGAAAACCACUUCUUGGUCCGUUGGGUUAAUAGGAGGACUACUUCCUCUUCUCUUCCUCCCCUGCUCCGUGGAAGCCGCCUCCCACUUCUUCAUCUCUGCUUUCGUUCUGUCGGUUUGUUGGAAACAAAAAAUGUGCAUGUCUCUGUUUUUUGCCACUUAGUGAGAAAGAAGUAAAAAAAAAAAAUGUAAAGUAAAAAAACAAACGCAAACAAAAGAAAUGAAACUCUAAAGGAGAUUUAAUUUCUUCUCUAACGGGAACAUUUCCACUGAAAGAACUAUUUUUUUUCUAUUUUUCAGUCAUGCAAGAAAUCAAACUCUUAAUAUCAUAUUUUUCGUUAUAUGUCAAAUAGUUUUCCCGAAAUAGAGGAAAGAAAUAUAUAUAAGUAUAUAUAUAAGUAUAUAUAUAAGUAUAUAUAUAAAUAUAUAUAUAUAAUUUAUCAGCAGCGGAGGUUGCUGAUGUAGUGAAAUAAUACCGCGGGGUACUGGACUGUAUAAUCUGUCACGAGCUACAAUCAUAUUUCUUUGUGGUUCUGAUGGAACUGAAACACAUCGUUUUAUUCUGAGUGUGUGUGUGUGUGAGUGUGUGAGUGUGACAGAAUCCCUCGUCGCUCCCUUCAAUCGAUCACGUGACAACUAAAACGUAGUAACUCCUGAACCUUAACAUGAGUUUAUCUCGUGUAAUUGUACUUUUUACACGUUAAACGUGUAUUUUAAUAUUUUUAAAUUCUUCUGUCCACCUGUAUAAAAAAGUACUCCACCUCCACAGAAACGUCUGAAACGAUGACAUAAUAUUUCAUCUGCAGUAUGUAUUUUUAAUAUCCCGAAUACUUCUCCCUCCACCUAAAGUAGCUCUGGAGCCACGGACUCCAGAUCAAUUAAUUUAAAUUGGUUCAUAAACUUCAUUUAGAGUCUUUUAAUUCAAUAUUUAAUUCACCUUUAAAAAAUAAUUGAAUUGGCACUAGAAUGACAAAAGUUAUUUCCAAUUGUUUUUUUAAAUGGUGUAAAAACUUUUAUUGACAGUUGUGUUCAUUAUGAAUGCUUUUUAUAAUUAUUUAGAUUAUUUAUACAUAAUAGUCAGUUUAUUUCAGGAGAUUCUGGCAACUAAACUUCUUUUUAAAAUACAAAUAUGACGAAUUUGGUGGAAUAUUAUUUAAUCCAGAUUUACAGAAGAAUCUUUUAUAAUCACUUCAAGUAAAACAAAAUUAAAAAAUACAAGAUAAAACUUUUGGUUUUUUAUCUCAACGUCGCACUUUUCGGUUCAUUCUGAAGUACCCAGAAUGCAUUUCUCUGCCAAGUGGCUAUUUGGAGCUGAAGCGAAGCGGCCGGAUCUCGAUUGAAACUCCAAAAAAUGAACAUGAUCAUCAGUGUUUUUUGCGACGAGCGACGAGGGACGAAGGAUGUCGAGCGGGGUGCGUCCCAUUUCUGAAGUGUGUCUCCUUGUCCUUGCAACCAGUCAGCUGUUUCCUAGACAGGUGGUGUUUGUAGCCAGAUGACGUCAUCAGGCAACUUCUUUGUGGAGAUUCAAGCUUUUAUUUUUUUAUUUUUGCCAAUAUUUUAAUUUUAUUUUUUAAAGAAAAUAUUUGAAGACUUUUAAUUUGUUAAAUCCAGAAAGAUAAUAAACAAGAUAAAAUAAUGAUGGAAAUAAUGUGACCUGAAAUUAAAAGAUUUAAAAAGAAAUUUUAGGGAGUAGAAAGGGAACGAAGGAAGCGUAGAUUAUCUUCUCAUUUUUUCAAUUUUUUUAUUUUAGUGAAAAAAGGUCUAGCUGAAGAGAAAUGGAAUGCAGCCGGACGCCGCACACAGACUUUUUAAAAGGGCACAUUGAAGGGGACACGUGUCCGGAAUGGGACGCAGACCAACAUGAAUGAGAAGAGUGAAGUGUGUGUGUUCAAGGGGAUACAUAUUCAGAAUGGAACGUAGCCAAAAAAAGACAAUUUUAAAGGUGUUAUGAUGUUGGACUGAAGGGGGCAUUUGACAGCACAUUGAAGGGGACAUCGGGGGUGGGGGGGUCAGCAGCUGCUAGAUACUAAAAGAUAAAGCUGCUGGUCUGUCGUCUGUUCAUCAUGUUUAUGUUCUGUCUGUUGAUAAGAUCUCAUCCAGUCACUCCGGUGUACAAACUGACUCCUAACGUCAUCCGCUGUGUAUUAUAGUAAAUAAAAAGGAUUUUCAGAAAUGAAAAGCUCUAAAACUCUUGUUUUCUCUCCAUAAUGUUAACGAAUAAAGUCUCUUUUUUCAAAAAAA